UUCGACGAAUCUCCACCGCCGACGGGAAGCGAAUUUGCGAUGAUUCAAACCUUCGAGAGUGUUCUUUCUGCCGUCGACUUUGAGUCUGGCGUUGAGCUCACCAACUUCCCUGCAGUUUUCCGAGGGUGUGCUACUGACUGGGCUGCCUCUUCUAAGUGGAAUCCAUUCAACAAUGGCCUCGAUUAUCUGGAGGUGCUUGCUUACCUCUCACUUGAUCCGGAUUUUGUUACCUUUCUCUUUAAAAUCGAAAGAUUGUAUGCAGCAAACGAUCUUAUGCGUCGAUUGGAUUAUAUGAAGGAACGUGCAGGUUCAGUUGAAGUGGAGGCAAUGCUUUCGAGGACAGCUCCGAUUUUCAAUGGUGAUAUCAGAAGCCAUGAAAGGGUAUCAUUGCCGUUCUCGGAUUUUAUCGGAGUCUGCAAGCAGCAUAUGAAAUCCAAAGGAAAUGGUUCCGUUGUUGAUGCUAAAUCUGCAAAUUUAACUCCCAUGCCUGAUGACCAUAUGCCAGGACAAAUAUACCUAGCACAGUUUCCAAUUAUGAAUGAUGAGAAAGAAGAGAAGGUUCAACUCAGGAUUCUGAGACAAGACAUUCAGACGCCCACACUUCUAGGGUCAAAGUCACUGUCUUCUAUCAACUUUUGGAUGAACUCUGCACAAGCUCGAUCAACUACCCACUAUGAUCCACAUCAUAACCUUUUAUGCGUAGUCUCAGGGUGUAAAAAAGUUGUCUUGUGGCCCCCUUCCGCCAGUCCCUCGCUCUAUCCGAUGCCUAUUUAUGGAGAAGCGUCAAACCAUAGUUCGGUUGGUCUAGACAAUCCGAAUUUAUCAGAUUAUCCAAGAGCAGAGCAUUCCCUCAAGCAGUCACAGGAGGUUACUCUUAACGCUGGUGAUGCAGUAUUCAUUCCUGAAGGUUGGUUCCAUCAGGUGGAUAGUGAUGAGCUGACUAUCGGUGUCAACUUUUGGUGGCAAUCAAACAUUAUGUCUAACAUGCCUGAACAUAUGGAUUCAUAUUAUUUGCGCCGAAUUACAAGAAGAUUGAUAGACAGAGAAAUGAGCCAAUUAGUUUCGAAGCCUUCUUCAAGUGAUUUGAAGCAACCAUCUGAGCAUAUUGACCAAUCUCGCAUUGGGCAGGCAGAAGGUGGGACUGAUAACUCAAGCAAAGAAAGCAUUAAGAAAGGCUUGCCUGAAAGAACGCCGCUGCAUGAUCUAAGUCCUUCUGCUAGCCAGGCACUUCAUGCGCUUAUUUCCUUAGUCCAUGACCACGUUAACGCUGUUGAUACAAGUAGGGGACUGCAGCACACUUCACCCAGUUGUUCAGACCCAAGUUCAGAGAGCGGCAGCAAGAUUCUCGUGAAGCCGUUGUCUUGUUUUGAAGAUGAUCCCGUUGCGCAUAUGCUUUGGAAUCUUGAUGCAUCUAAACUUCGGGAUGUUCUCCUUGCAAUGGCACGUUAUUUCCCAAGGACCUUGGAAGCGUUAAUACUUCACAUGCUCUCACCUGUUGCUGCGGAAGUCCUAACACAGAAGUUUGAUGAGAUAGACCAACAGACUAGUGAAAAAGAUAGGAAUCAAUUCUAUCGGGAAUUUUAUGGUGCCUUCGAUGAUGAAUCAGCUGCGAUGGAUAUAAUCUUAAGUAGGAAAGAGGCUUUUGCAUUUCAGGCUUUUAAGAAUGUACUAAACAAGUAUCUGGGGGUCAACAUUACUUCACCAACAACAACAAACACAUGA